AAUACUUGCCCUGUCCUCUAAUAAUAAAUUACCAAUAAACGGACCAUCAACAAUGAAGUCAACUUUCCUAAUUUUGUGUGUUUUUACGUUAUUCGCUGCUUCUCAAGUGACCGGCGAUGACAAACCUGAGCCCAAACUCAAGAUAGGAGUCAAGAAACGUGUUGAAAAUUGCCCCAUUCGUUCCAAAAAGGGAGAUUUAUUGUCCAUGCAUUAUACGGGAACCUUGGAAGAUGGCACUGAAUUUGACUCGAGCAUUCCUCGUGGAGACCCACUAACCUUCACUCUCGGCAUGGGUCAAGUCAUCAAGGGAUGGGAUCAGGGUCUCUUGAAUAUGUGCGAAGGCGAGAAACGUCGCUUAGUGAUUCCGCCCCAUCUUGGCUAUGGCGAUCGCGGAGCUGGAGCGAAAAUUCCCGGAGGCGCAACGCUAAUAUUCGAAGUUGAACUCGUGAAAAUCGAACGAAAGGACGAGUUGUAAAAAUAAAAGUUUCAAUUUUGAAUUUUUUUA